UUUCGAGCCAAAACAAUACUGAUAGACAGCGAACGUGGCAAUGGUGCAGUUGAUGUUCGUGACGGUUCUAGGACAGUCUCAUGCUGUUGUCAUCGACCCUGACAUGGAGCUUGAGAACGUGAUGGCUUUGCUAGAGGCAGAGAAAUGCUGGGACUAGCAGUCCCCGCUGCCCAGUCACGACACCCAGAUUCUGCUGUCGAGCUGAUCAUGGGACUUGGCGUAUCACGGGAGGUGGCGAUCAGCAUGUUAGAUGCGGCGGGUGGGAAUGUGGAUGCCGCUGCAAGUUUGUUGUUCUAAGUCCUAGGGCGGGCGGGAAUUCUUGCAAUAAUGAGGAGACGUUAAUAUCUUGGAUCUUUGGGAUUGCAAAAUGUACGAUGUGAUGGAUCAU